CUUUCAACCUCCUAACUAUUCUCCUGUCCACCACACAUCACGCUGACCAUCCCCAUCAUAGAACAAAUCAAAGCCAAACGUAAGAAACGAGAGUUUUCCUCACGGGCAUGACUGAUUCACAUACUCAAGAUGCAUUUCUGAGACGGACUUGACUUCUGCACCGCAAGGAAAAUGAAUCUGCAUACGCUUUGUUUGCAAUGAACACGACUCCAACCAGAGAUUCGAGGUCAAUAUCAAUGCUCUCCUCAAUCUUCCAAUCUCUCUCAUCACUACAUCCAAACAUAUCCAACCCAAGCACUCAAGCCCAUUCCACUCAUGCCAAUCCUCUUCACACCCUCUCAGUACAAGACACCGCCGGUGCCCGCUCCCUCUUCUUGACUCUCCACGUCCUCUUCCCGCACGAACUCCUUCCAGCACUUGACCUUCUCGACCGCGGUCUCGUCACCCGCUUGGCCUUACAGCAUGACGACUCAAGUAUAUCCCCGUCUCGGAAUCCCACGCGCCAUGCCUCCGAGGUCGAAGGGCACUCGGAAACAGAAGUGGAAGUGUACUACAUCCAAUCCUCCGCUUCGGCCACAACAAACCAUCCGCGCAAACACGCCAGCUCCAGCGCAACAUUCUACGAAGUCCGCCUCGACAGCUGGAAUUGCAGUUGUCCUGCGUUCAGCGUGUCGGCGUUCCAGGGUCUAAGCCACAGCACUGGCUACGACGACAACUACGACGACAACUAUCACCACGACCGCUUCCCAACUCUCGGACUCGACUCGAUGCCAGAAAAUGCUACAUACUGGCAUUUCGGUGGUGUAGCAACGAGUAAGUCAUCAGGCUCUAUACCGUCAUGUAAGCACAUUCUCGCCGCGUUGUUGGCGAAAGCGGCGCCGGAGUUGUUCGGGCAUGGAGUGACCGUCCGGAAAGUUAGUUGUGAGGAGAUUGUUGGAUGGGGAGGUGGGUGGGGAGAGUUCGGUGGUGGGUGAGAGGCUUGUCCGGUCACAUCAGACACCAAUGGCUGUGAUGGCAGUGAUGGCAGGCCAUGGCUAUGGCAAUAUCACUUCCCGAAGUGGGUGGGAGAGUUGAGCGAGUCCGCCACGAGCACUGUGCUAUGCGAGACCUCUUGGAGACGACCGAGACUGUCUCAAGGUACACCGCUAUCACGAUCUGUCGGAGCGAUGGCGGACGACUGGUCGCAGAGCACGAGGAUCAUGAAGGUGGCUUGAAGGCUCG